AGAAAACACAGCAGGCUGUUAUCCCCCUGGUACUUUGUCAUAUCUGUCCUCUUACGGCUUUCUGAUCGUGUCAACCCGUGGCCGUCACGAGAACGUUAUGUGUGGCUGUGGUUAUACCUUGCGCAUCGCUCGACUUUUCUAUCAUUAAUCCACCCGUCACUAUUGUGUAAAUAGUCGCCCACCAUUGCGUCGUUAGAAGAAGACUGUUUCUUUUCCUCCGGCAUUUUUGCCUGCAACUACCCUUCCCGAACCCAGCGACCUCUAUCUGGGUUAAUUCGAUCUCCGGUUCUUCCGUCGUUUGCCUUACGACCGGCCGACAUGUCUUCCCAAAAUGCGGUCCCGGAGACUCCGAGAGUUAUUUCUCCUUCCCCUGCUCCUUCAGAAAGCAGCUCGCUAUCCAGGGAUGGAUAUUCUGCCCCGACAACUCGCUCUGCGGCGCGACGACAUCGCCUAGUAGAUGUAUCAGGAGAAAGCAAUAAUGAGCCAGCGUCGAGAUCAAGGCGUUCGCGGACUCGUUCUGGUAGUCCGACUGGUCCGCCAGGAUCAACUAGACAAAGGAAACGAAAAUCGAAUCCGAUGAGGCCUGCAAAAAGCCCCGAGCCACAGACAAACGGCGGGACGAAACCUAACGGUUUCUUAUCGCCGCUUUCGAGCGCUGACGGCAUCGCGCAUAGCAUCUCACGAUCUCCUUCUCCUAUGGGACUCAUCCCACUUCAUACACGAUAUCGCAGUUUCAUCCAUCGCCAUGAAAUACCACGCAAGGUGCUUCAUGUGUCUAUCGGCUUCUUCACACUUCACCUAUAUACCCGCGGUAUCCAAACAUCCCAGAUCACCCCAUGGCUGUUUGGGGCAUUAUUGCCAAUAGCCGCAGUAGACGUGGUUCGCCAUCGCUCGGAAACAAUUAAUAAGCUUUAUAUUCGCUGUGUCGGUGCACUCAUGCGCGAGACCGAAGUGAAGGGGUAUAACGGCGUGAUCUGGUAUUUGCUAGGCGCCUACACGGUCUUGCGCUUUUUCCCCAAAGACGUUGGGGUUAUGGGCGUACUGCUCUUGAGUUGGUGCGACACCGCAGCUUCUACUUUCGGUCGUCUCUACGGCCGGCACACAUUCCAGCUUCGUAAAGGGAAGAGCUUCGCUGGAACAUUGAGCGCAUGGCUUGUUGGCGUUAUCACUGCCACAGCCUUCUGGGGUCUCUUCGUACCCAAGGUCGGGGCCUUUCCCAACGACCCAGAGGACGCAUUCAUGUUUACCGGUCGACUCAAUCUUGUCCCAGAUCCUGUUAAGAAUCUCCUUGGCUGGACCGCUGACACAGUUAUCUCGGGCCCCAUGGCGCUUGGCGUUAUGAGCGUUGUUUCCGGCCUGGUAGCAGCUGGCAGUGAGUUUGUGGAUCUCUUCGGCUGGGAUGAUAACUUCACCAUCCCCCUUCUCAGUGGAAUUGGAUUAUGGGGCUUUUUGAGGAUUUUCAGUUGACGAUUCGAAGGAUACCAUCUCCGGCGUAGCUUUGUCUUCUCUUUCUCGCUUUGCAUACUUAUCUUGUGCCAACUAGGGACUCAGGACCGGAUGGGUCGAGAAAUAGUGAUACCUUUUUGUUCAGCACUGUGGAUCCUUAUCUGAGCAACCCAGUAUUCAUCUAUACUCCUUUUUCUUCUAUGCUUUUUUCCCCUCCUUUAUCCGUUAUAUUUACCCUUUCUCUUUACUUUAUACCAUUGGCUGCAAGUAUCAACACUCUCCCCGACGAAAACCGACAAAGAACCUUUCCUUUUUUCUUUGAUAUAGAUAGAAGACGACUAUUUGUGAUUAGAGAAUAUGAUGGCUCGCAAAUUUUAUUAGAGAGCGAGCCUGGGCGUUCUGAUUCGAUUCGAGGUUCUUCUGUGCUUCUUCGCUUGGUAUGAUUGUGUAUUCAUAUAUGUACCUAAUUUACCUAGAUACCACAAUCGAUGGAUGAUAGGAAAGUAUUGAAUGCUAAACAUGUGAAUGCAGAAAAGUGCUUCAAAGGUCAGAUCUCCUAAUGGUACCAACGCCUGAUUAUUAAAUCCCAACCCUGUUUGUUAGAACGCUCGAGAAACACAAGAAAGUA